ACACUGACGUAUCUUAACAAAACAAAUAACUUACGGGCUACACGCUACGUCAUAAAAACCACAAUAAAUAAAAUAAAUGUAAACUUCACAGUUUUUUUAUAAUAUUUAUGAAUUGUUUCCUAAAUGGCUCAAGAACUCAAGGAAUUGUGUCAGCUGUUAUUUCCGGAUUCUACCACAGAAAAUGCAGAAUACUUCAGUGAUAUUACAGAUUUUAUAAAAAAAUUAGGAUCACAAAAUUGGGAAAAUGUGAGAAAAGAACCAGAACGACUGAGUGAAGAUAUGAAACAUUUGACAGAGCAGACCCAAGAUUUAGCAUUCACCAAUUAUAAAACUUUUGUGGAAACAGCUGAUAUAUCUAGAGCUAUUAUGAAGGAUUUAGGGAAAUCUAAGGAGUCUCUAGCAAGUUUUCUUAAGGACACUCCUGACUUUGUAUCCCAAUGUGAGAGUUUUUCCCAAGUAGCUGGUGGGAUAGUACAGGAAAAAAGGCGAUACAACACUAUAAGAAACCAAAGUGACAAGUUGUUGGAGUUACUAGAGUUGCCUUCAUUAAUGCGUGAAGCUCUGAACGCAGAGGACUAUGAGAGUGCAUUGGACAUCUUUGCAUUCAUCCGCAAUUUAUCCAAGAGAUACUCUGAAAUACCAAUUGUAGAGAGCACAACUAGUGAGAUAAUGACAUUGUGGUAUGAAACACUUUAUCAUCUCUUCAAUCAACUUCACUAUGAUUUGCCAUUACCUCAAUGUCUCCAGAUUCUUGGCUACCUCCGAAGAGCCAACACAGUAUUCAAAUCUACUGAAGAUGAGCAUAGUAGAUUACAAUACAUUGGUAACAAAGGCAGUGUAACAUCAGAUGGUUUACACCUACAUUUUCUAAAAGCUAGGAAUGCUUGGUUUGGAAAAGCACUUGAGGAUGCUAGAAAUGUUGAAGCCCCUGAGAAAUUGUUACGUAAAAUUGUAGAACUGCACAGAGUACAUCUGUUCAAUGUGAUAACACAACACAAAUCAAUAUUUUUAUCAGAUUCCCAAGAAUCAAAAGUUAGAGAUAAUGAACUUAGUGGCACCAGUGCAUUGUCUUGCUGGCUGAAAUUAAAAGUGGAAAGCUUAGCUAAUAUCUUGAACCAAGACCUGUGGAGAGAGGACGAAAACAGUUUCGAAUCAUUAAUGAACCAAUGUAUGUAUCUCUGCCUAUCUUUUGGAAGAGUUGGCGCCGACCUGAGAUGUGAGCUCACGCCUUUAUUCCGCAACAAUAUUUUGAUGCAGUUUAACAGUGGCAUGGAGAAAGUUGACAGUCAAUUUGAGAGCCAGAUGAAGUCUUAUAAAGUGCCCAGUAUCAAAAAUGUAUUGAGGCCCAUUAACGAAAACAUGACUACAGGUCCGCCAGAAAACUUACUAGAUUAUUACCCUCUAGCCGAGUACUGCAAUGGAAUGCUGACAGUACUUAACUCCUUGCGUGUUACAGCCCCUUUGAAUAUUGUCAAAGACGUUUAUAGAGGCUUCAAAAAAUCUUUUGAUAAAGCUGCACAGAUAUUGAUAAUGUUCUACCAUAAAGAGCAACAGGCUUUUACUGAUAUUGAGAAGCAAAACUUUGUUUUUCUGUGCGUUUGUUUUACGGAAGACUUGGUGCCUUAUAUAGCUAAAUGUUUGUCACAAUCGUUUCCACCGUCUCAAGUUGCGGAGUUAUUAGGGAUCACACUAACAGUAUUACAAGAAAGUAAAAUAUUGUAUUUAGAUCAAAUUGAAAUAUGCAAACCACUAAAUAGUGUCACAGGCCUUGUUAUGACAUAAAAAAUAUUUAAAAUUGUAUAUUUAUUUGUAUAUAAAUGAAAUAAACUUUAAGGAAUA